ACAAAGAUCUGUACAAGAACGUUAUGAUGGAGGAUCACCAGCCACCAAUUAAAGAAGAGAGAACAACUCCUAGUCCACUUCUUCUACAGGAUGAGAGAUAUCCCAGUCCUCUUCUUCUACGGGAUGGUUCAGAAGAACAUCAAAGCAUUCCAUAUGAUGAUCAGAUAGAUGGAAAUAAGGUUAUAAAUCUGGGUAAAGAUCUGAACAAUAUUAAGGCUGAAGAUACAUAUGUGAGGGUGAUCAUAGAGGACAUUCCCACCGAUAACCACCCAGAUUACUGUACCAGGAGCUCAGAAAAACAUGUGAUGUUCUCAGAUUUUAGAACAGAUGAUUGUGGUUUUACAGAAGAUACACAUGAAGAGCAUGCCACUAUCUCGGAUGUAUCCUCAGCCUUUCACAGCAAAGAUCUAUUAUCUGAUCCUUUGGAUGGAUUUCAAUCUUCUGAUACAUCACAGACUGUUAAGCAAAAUAAAAGCCACAGAAGAAGUGUUCAUCAUCAAAGAAGUCAAACAGGGGAGAAUGCUCUUUCAUGCUCAGAAUGUGGGAAAUGUUUUAAAACUAAAUCAGAUCUUAUUAGACAUCAGAGAACUCACACAGGGGAGAAGCCAUUUUCAUGUUCAGAAUGUGGGAAAUGUUUUAUUGAUAAAUCACAUCUUCGUAACCAUCAGCGAAUUCACACAGGGGAGAAGCCAUUUUCUUGUUUAGAAUGUGGGAAAUCUUACACACAGAAAUCAUGUCUUGUUAUACAUGAGAGAACUCACACAAGGACUAAUACAUUUUCAUGUUCAGAAUGUGGGAAAUGUUUUCAACAGAAAUCACAUCUUUUUAACCAUCAGCGAAUUCACACAGGGGAGAAGCCAUUUUCUUGUUUAGAAUGUGGGAAAUCUUAUACACAGAAAUCAUGUCUUGUUAUACAUGAGAGAACUCACACAGGGGUGAAGCCAUUUUCUUGUUUAGAAUGUGGGAAAUGUUUUAUUGAUAAAUCAACUUUUGUUAAACAUCAGAGAACUCACACAGGGGAGAAGCCAUUUUCUUGUUUAGAAUGUGGGAAAUAUUUCAUAUAUAAAUCAAAUCUAGUCAUACAUCAGAGAACUCACACAGGGGAGAAGCCAUUUUCAUGUUCAGAAUGUGGGAAAUGUUUUCAGCAGAAAUCACAUCUUCUUAACCAUCAGAGAAUUCACACAGGGGCGAAGCCAUUUUCUUGUUUAGAAUGUGGAAAAUGUUUUACUGAUAAAUCAAGCCUUAUUAUACAUGAGAGAACUCACACAGGAGAGAAGCCAUUUUCUUGUUUAGAAUGUGGGAAAUCUUUCAUAAAUAAAUCAAAUCUAGUUGCACAUCAGAGAAUUCACACAGGGGAGAAGCCAUUUUCUUGUUUACAGUGUGGGAAAUCUUUUGCGCAGAAAUCCGAUCUUGUUAAACAUCAGAAAAUUCACACUGGAAAGAAGCAAUUCAGCCUAUCAAUCAAUCAGCCCAUUUUUAACGGCCCCUUAGAUCGAAGUGCAGCCAUCUAACGGCCAUUAAACACGAUAAUACGCUACUGCAAUAUGGCCUUUUGGGUUAAAAAAUAAAAAAUCACUCACCUCAUCCAUUUGCUCACACAGGGGCUGUCUGCUCCUCUCUUUAAUGAAAAAGACCUGCUAAAGGACCUGCACUUAGCGUGAUGACUUCACCACAUGAUCAUGCUGGGAGAGCACGGUGACAUCAUCACAUUGAGCGUAAGUCCUUAGACAGGUCUUUUUUAGUUGAAUGGAGCGGACUGCCUCUACGCGAGCAAGUGCAUUAGGUGAGUAAAUUGUUUUUUCUAAGACAACUUCAGCCGCUAUUUUAGGAAAAAUGUUUCGUAAACAUGAUGCCCAAGGAAAUUCGGCUUCAUUUAAAAUCAAAUUUUUCCUAAAAUUCUGACUGAAUUCCACUUCGGAUGAUUCGCUUCGCUGAACACUAGUGGUAACCAUAAAGAAGAUCUUGUUAGACAUCCGAGAAUGCACACGGGGAGAAAUAAUUUUUAUGUUUUGAAUGUGGAAAAUGAAAUAGAAUUCAGUCAAGUCUUAUCACACAUCAGUGAAUUCACACAGGUCCAAAGGCACUGUCAUGUUCAGGAUGUCAUCUAUAAUUGCAUAGCAGAGAGCCUACAGAGAAAAAAAAAAAUUCUACCAAGGGAUUUUUUUAGUUUGUCAACUUGCGUUACAAGUUGUAGUUUUUAUGGUGCCA